UCACUUCCUUCUUCACCGCUGCGGCUCCUCUGAAAUUUUCUCCGGGUCAUCAUUUGGAGGGGGCGAGAGAAAGAGAGAGACCGGAGAGACGUUUAAAUAGCGGAAAAAACACGUGACAACAACACUUCAUGGAACAAACUACAAGACGAACGACGGACACACUUCGGACUCUAUGACUCGUCGACAAACAACGAUAUUAAUUUGUCCACCGCCAAAUCCGGAAACAUGGAGGACCCAAACAGACCUCAGCGGAAGAUGUCAACAGCAGGAGACAGUUUGUACAAAGUCCUGGGUCUGGAGAAAGGAGCAACUCCCGAGGAAAUAAAGAAGACUUACAGAAAACUGGCGCUGAGGCAUCACCCCGAUAAGAACCCAGACAACCCAGAAGCUGCAGAGAAAUUCAAAGAGAUCAACAACGCCAACUCCAUCCUCAGUGAUGAAAACAAACGCAAGAUCUAUGACGAGUAUGGGUCCAUGGGCCUCUACGUGUCAGAACAGUUUGGGGAUGAGAGCGUCAAAUAUUACUUCCUCAUGUCCAAGUGCUGGUUUAAGGCCCUUGUGGUGUGCUGCGGUAUUUUCACAUGCUGUUGCUGUUUCUGCUGCUGCUGUUUCUGCUGUGGGAAGUGCAAAUCGGCUGAAGAGGAGCAUUUUGCAUACAUGGACCCAGAGGACCUCGAGGCCGAGAUCAGAGAACAGGAUACAGCUGGAGACCAUGUAAUAAUAAUUCAGCCGAGCCCUAGUGCUGCCACUGCCACUUCAGGUGAAGCUGUCACUUCAUCAGGUGAAAACACACCAAUUGUGAUUCAGCCUCAUGCGACCAACGGGACCUCGGGGCCCGGAUCCUCCAGCCAGCUGUCCAAGUCAGCUGAGAAAUGAGUAAGUGAGUGGAGUCCUUCAGAGUCUGGACUGUCUGAUUAUACCACAUCUGCAUCAGCAUCUGUAAUGAUCAGCGGCUGAUAAGGAUUUGAAUGUUGCUAACGUGCAGAAAUCAUAUUUAUCUCAGAGGCUUGUAAAAGAAACAAGCGGCAAUUUGAUUGUGCCAUAAUUUCUAUUUUUUAAAGUGCCAAUGGUGUCUUCACUGCAAUCUCAUAUUUAUUUUUUUAACUUUUAAUUUUUGGGUACAGUCUGAACUGCAGUGUCAAAUGAGGAAGCCAUGCAGAUCAAAGCUCUGUAAUAUUUUUUAUGCACUUUAAUAAUUCAAGUUCGUGUUCAUGCCACAAUGCUCUGAGAACAUACCUGCUUAUGAUCUCAGUCAGAAUAUUUCAACGCAACAUGAUGGAUUAUUGGAGGCCAACCACUUGAAGUUUUGAGGUGUUUAGUCAUACUGCACAUAGAUUCAUAUUCUAGAAAGGAUGUCUUUAUGUUUGGAUGUCAACUGCCUGUUAAAACUCUGAUGAUAAUAUUUAAGAAACUCUCACUGCAAACAACAUUUAGGGAAAUAUACUUGUUUGCUUUCUUUCUGAGAUUUGAUAAUUUCUUGUUUUUAUUUCUGGAAAAUUACAAGCAAACUUCUGCACAGCAUGUCCUAACUCGCAUUUUAGACGGUAUUGUCUCUCUUUUGCUCGCAGCAGUUUUGGGUUAAAAAUACAACUGAAGAUCAGAUUUUUUUUUUUUUUAACUCUUCAGUACUUUAGAGAGAUAAUUCAAAUAAUUGGGAUUGAAUUGUUAUCAAACAGGCAAUGUCAAAGAUUAUUUUUUAAGUAUUAAAAGUUUUGACAACCCUAUCACAGAUUACUGAUCCAAUACCAGUGUUGUAUUUACUACAUUUAUUUUAUGGAGGAAACUGGGAUUAUUCUUGAAAUAUGUAAGGCAACAUCAGUCUGGACUUCAAGUUUGUUUUCCUGACUUUGUUUGCAAGGCUCGGUCAAAUAGCCCGGUCAAUGCAUUCUGUAGUACACGCUCUUCGACGGUAAUAUAGAAUCAAAACAAAUAGAUCUGCCCUGUUGAAUACUUAAUUGAAGUUAUGUGAUUGGUUGUAUCCUAUCAGUACGUCUGGAAUAAUAACAAAUACUGUGGGCCUAGAUCAAUUUCUAUCUAUACAUUUGAGUUUAAUCUACUUAUUCAGCACUACUAUGGCAACAAUACACAUCCUGUUCCCAUGCUAUAAAGCACCUGAUUAUAUUUGAAUCCACAGUUUUGUAAUUAUCAAUAGUUCAUUCUAGCAGUAAUCACAAGUUAGAAGCUGGUAGUUCUAAUUUCCUCAGAUAAGACAUGAACGCAUCAUUAGAUAUAAGACUUGUGAGCUGUUAUCCCAUCUGAAGUGGAACCAUGAUGGCUGAAACGAAAGAAUACACUUGCACCCCUCCAAAAGAGUUUUCAAGGAGUCAUCACUGUGGCUUUUUGGAAAGUCCACUUCCCGUUUUAUAAUAAGUAUCUAGUUUGAGCUGGGGCCAGGAUGUAAUUAGCCUAGCUUAACAUUAAGAGAGGAACCAGAGGGGAAGAGCUAGCCUGAUGAAGAAAUUAAACACCAGACUUAGUUUUUAAAAAUAAUCAAGUCACCUAAGGGGUUUCAAUCUGCGUCACAGUCACUAAUGCCCUGUGCAGAAGUACUACUGUAGGGCGGAUUGAUACACUGUUUGUUACAUACAAUAGUUCCAGCACUUAACUGUCCUAAAGUUACAGCGUGAUGUGUCUAAUUUAUUAAACGUACUUCCAGCGGGUUCACUCAGGAGCAUUAGAGGUGUUGAUUGGCAGAUUUUUAGACUUUUAAUUUACAGAAAUAGGCUAGCUGUCCCCCCCCUGUUUCAAGUCUUUAUGCUAAAAUACGCAAAUGUGAGUCACCUGCUGGCUGAAGCUGCACACUAACACAACACACAGACAUGAUAGUGGUAUGAAACCUCUCAUCGGAGUCUCAUUAAGAAAGCAAACAAACGUGUUUCCAAGCUUUACUGAGCUUUACCUUCAAAUGGAUCUUUUAUCGUUCUUUUUCGCUGUAGCUGAACAUAAAGUGACCUCGAGCAAACAAAUCAUAUAAAGGUACAGAAAAAGAUUAGACAACAACAUAUACAUUUUUAAACUCUCUUUACACUUGACACGAGAAAAGAACAUGUUUAUAUACAACCCUCAACAACAGGACAGCGAGGUCAUGAUCCAGAUGUGUCAAAUCCUUCUUUUUAAAGGAUGAAAAUCCCUCUUAUCUGUAUGUGAUGAUGAGUGUGUGUAUCAUUAUAAUAUGCUCCAUUCAGGAAAUGUGCUUUUAUGUAAAGUGAGACAUUUAUUUUUUUUUGGAUUGGAAAUUUGAUGACAAAUGAAUUGUGUGUAUAAAGAUACAGAUUAAAUGAUGCCAUCUCUCAAAAUGUUUACAUGAUAUGAUGUGUCUUUGCCUGGUGUGGGAAUGUGCAGGAGGGUUUGUGCUUCAUUAGGUUCACUUUGUAUAAUAUUAUAGUAUAUGUGCACAGUGUAUUUAUGUAAAGCCCUAACCAUCCCAGAUAAAUAUUUAAUUCUGUAACCUUUAUGUAUCAUAAGACAUACGUGACUGAGCGCCUGAAUACAUUUAAGUGGGAUUUCUUUUCCUUUUCUUUUUGUUAGUUAUUUUAUCACAGAUUUAAAAUACAAAUAUAUAUAUAUAUAUAUAGUUUUAUCAUCUCAACAUUCCCAGGAUUUUUUGUCAUUUUUCAAAUGUUACAUGUUUCCAAAUGUUUGUUUCUGUAACAUCAAGAUUUGUCGGAUUAAAUAAAGUUGGGUGAAAACGG